UUACCCGCCUGGCUUACCACUCGCCGCGAUUCCAUUUCCCAACCCCUCAAUUCCUCUCCCCUCAAGCAGAGACCAUGGCCGCUUCUAUCAGGGCCAAUUGCAGAAAGGUCAUCUGCAUCGGCAGAAACUAUGCCGAUCACAUCACAGAGCUUAACAGCGCGAAGCCCAAGCAGCCCUUCUUCUUCUUGAAGCCCGCCUCCGCUAUUCUCGUCCCCGGUGAGGGUCCUGUGCUCCGUCCCCAGGGUACCAACCUGCACUAUGAGGUCGAAUUGGCUCUGGUGAUGGGCAAGACCGUUCGGGAUCUCGACCCGAAUGACGAGAAGGGCGCAUUGGAUGCAAUUCACAGCUACCUCCUCGGUAUUGACAUGACCGCUCGCAACGUCCAAGAUGAAGCGAAGAAGAAAGGCCUGCCCUGGUCCAUCGCCAAGGGCUUCGACACUUUCCUGCCUGUCUCUCAGGAGAUCGCCAAGUCGCGUCUUCCUGACCCCCACAAUGCCUUCCUCCGUCUGAGCGUGGGCUCACAGGUGCGCCAAGCCGACUCGACUGGCCUCAUGCUUUACCGGAUCCCCAGACUUCUGGCCGAGAUCUCUCGUGUGAUGACCCUAGAGAAGGGCGAUGUCGUCCUGACUGGCACUCCCAAGGGCGUGGGCGAGGUCAAGUCUGGCGAUGUCAUGAAGGCGUCCAUCGAAGUCGACGGCACGGAGCUCGAGGAGGGCCGGAUUGAGGUCGAGGUCGAGGACCGUGUGGGCAGAUAUCGGUACAGCGAGACAUAAACGGUUAGACUGAACAAAAGGAUAUGUACAUCGACUAGACAUCAUAGGCUUGAAUAACAUUCGGAUCAAGAAUCAGGACACAAGUCCGGCUUUUAAUGUCGAAACAUCUCCAUUACAAAGAGAUCAUCUUCUUCAUCAGCUGGUACGAUGGGUAUGAACCUCCUCGUCUUUCGCUGCUUGCUCUUGACAUGGUCGACAUUGUUCUGUUUGACCCCUCGAUCGGCUGUCUUGUCCACCUUGAUAGGUGCUUCUCUAACCCGGAUCGCUGCCUGCAAGAUGGCCCUCAUUGCACUCCACGUCCAUCCAACCCGGCUCAUCUCUUUCUCGAUUAGGAUCUGCACGUCCAAGUCAUCAAGUCCUCGCACAAAUGCUCCAAGUAUCUCCUCCUCAGCGUUCUGUAAAUGCAACCUCGGGGUCAUUCCCUCCGCAGCGGAC